AUGCCUAGCCCUAUUAAUUGCACUAUCAAUGCAACCAAGUUGCCUUCUAAAUUUAUUCGAAGAUCUCUUGAAAAGGUUAAACUGUUAGGUGUAAAACUAUUGGCGAUUUUUAUCCAGCAAAACUACUUUUACAGAUGUGUUUUACUUUUUAUCAUGAAUAUACCCUACAUCAAUGGUAUAGAGAAGAAAUUAAAUGAGUUGCUUCUAACAUGUAGGACCCAGUUAGGAUUUUGGAAUGCCACAUUUUUGCAUGCUGUGCAUAAGGAGCGAGCCUAUCGAAGUCCCGUACCGAUAGCUGUAUGGUCUCAGUUAUCAAAUGAAGAGCGUAAAGAAUUGGAAAUGUGUGAUAAAAAUAUAGCGUUUGGUCAAUUGGGGAGUUUGACUAUGAACAUGGUAAGGCUAGGAUUAUCUGUCGAAUUUGUAACGGAGUUUGCCAAAAAAAUGGCAAUUAUUAGCAACUUAGAUUUUGAACAAUUGGAAAUGCUUGAAGAAAGUAUUAAAAAUAUGGCAAUUAAUGGUAAUAUUCUUUACAAUGCUAAACUAGAACUAUUAUUUUCUUAG